AUGGAUGCUAUAAUGGAAGAAAAGAGGAACCAUGAUUUAAAGCUUGAACAGUGGUCCACAGUAUUCCACAGUUUCGCACAAACGGCAGGUCAAACAAUGGAUACAAAGGAUCUGCGAGCAUCUAUAUCACUCGAACUUGACUACGAAACCAACAAACUUAUUCUCGAAACGGCACUGUUCGAAACUGAAAUAGACUACGAUCGAUAUAUCGAUCAGUUUGAGCUAAUGACUUCACUAGCCGAGUCGCUUCUUAAAUCAUACAGCGAUUCAAGAACGGAACAUAGACCAGUCUUUUCAUUCGAUACAGUAAUCAUACCACCAUUGGUAUUUGUGGUAUGCAAAUGUCGUGACCCUUCGAUACGCAGAAAAGCACAUACUCUUCUGUCCACUUCGCUCAGAAGAGAAGGUCUUUGGGAUAGUGACUAUGCGAGUAGUAUUGGUAAAUGGUACAUAGAUAAGGAAGAGAAAGGAUUGGAGUAUAUUUCCAGAGCAGAAGAGGUAUUAGAAGCGACUAAGAUAGUAGUGUUGGGAAUAAUCUCGCUAGGACGACGGCGUGCGUUGAUUAAGUUUAGGCAGGGUCCUUGUCGAAAGGAUGGAGAUUUGGAUCUCCAGGAGGAGUUGAUUGUAUGGUGA